GCUGUCCGGCCGGCGAUGGGGGAGGCCGGGCCGGGCCCGGGGCCCGGGCCCAGGCCCAGGCCCAGGGAGGCGCCGGAGCCUGAGGAGGACGAGGCGGCGGCGGCGCCGGGCGGCGCGCGGGGGGGCCGGGCCGGGCCCCGCGGCGGCAUCCGGGUGCUGAAGAGAAACGUGAAGCGCAACGGGAGCAGGAGCUGUUUGAACAGGAGUCGGGUUGGUUCCCGUGAGAGGGACUGGCUGAAAGAGGACGCGGGACGAGGCUGCGUGUAUGUUCACGGACGAGAUUCUGCGGCGACUGCUUCUUCAGACUUACGCUUGGUCCUCUGUACGGUGGACACCCCAGCCUCUGAGAUAUGUGAUGGAGAAGGGAAGAAAAACCUCUUUUUGCAACUUCACGGAGACCUGGUCAGGAGGCUGGAGCCCACAGAAAAACCCCUUCAGAUUGUGUAUGACUACUUGGCUGGGCUGGGUUUUGAUGAUCCUGUCAGAAUGCAGGAAGAGGCAGCAAACUCUGAUCUCAGCUGUAUGAUUCGCUUUUACAGUGAAAAGCCAUGUCAAGUGGAACAGUUAGAUCGCAUCCUGCUUUCUGGAGUCUAUAACGUACGCAAAGGAAAGACCCAGUUGCACAAGUGGGCAGAGCGCUUGGUAAUUCUCUGUGGUACGUGCCUCAUUGUGUCCUCUGUGAAAGAUAGCCACACGGGGAAGAUGCACAUCUUGCCUCUUGUUGGAGGGAAGGUGGAAGAGAUGAAACGUCGGCAGUACACGCUUGCUUUCACAUCUGCUGGAGCACAAGCUCAGACAUACCAUGUUUCCUUUGAAACGCUGGCAGAGUGCCAGCGGUGGCACCGACAGGCAUCCACGGUUGUGUCUAUGCGACUUGGCAUGGUUGAUCUUUCAUGCUACAGCCUUGAGGAAGUACCUGAACACCUCUUCUACAGUCAAGACAUCAUCUACCUCAACCUACGACACAAUUUUAUGAGAUCAAGUGGAGCAGGGAGUCUUGACUCUCUUUGCAGGUUUUCUCAGUUGAAGAGCCUGAACCUGUCUCAUAAUAGACUGGGAGAGUUUCCUGUAUCACUGUGUGAGAUCUCUACUCUGACAGAGCUUAAUGUUUCCUGUAAUGGACUUCAUUACUUGCCAAGCCAGAUUGGCAAACUGUUGAAUCUCCAGACCUUCUGGCUUGAUGGUAAUUUCCUCACAUCCUUACCAGAAGAACUGGGGAGUCUGCAACAGCUCAGCUGUCUCGGGCUUUCCUUCAAUAACUUCUGUGAAUUGCCAGCAAUUUGUGAGAAACUCGUCAUCUUAGACAAACUAGCCCUGGCAGGGAACUUGCUAGAGACCCUGGACCUUGCAGUGCUGAACCGUAUGAGUCACAUCAAAAGUGUGGACCUGAGGCUGAACAACCUGAAGAGAGCAGCAGCUGACACUCUGGAGGGGAACAAAUCUGUGACUUACAUGGAUUUACGAGACAAUCAGAUGACAGAUCUGGACCUGAGCUCCUUGGGCAGCCUGGAGCAGCUGCACUGUGAGCGGAAUAAGCUGAAAGAGUUGACACUGAGUGGCUUUUCUCUUCGGGCCCUCUAUGCCAACAGCAACUGUCUGACAGCUGUCAAUAUUUAUCCAGUUCCUGGUCAACUGACAUGUCUAGAACUCUCUCACAAUCAACUGCAGUGUGUCCCAGACUGGGCCUGUGAAGCAAAGAAACUGGAAGUUUUGGAUGUGAGCUACAAUCUUCUUGUGGAGCUUCCAUCGAGGAUCCUCAGCAGCUUGAGCCUUCGGAAGUUGAUGGUGGGGCACAAUCGUCUGCAGAGCCUUCCACCUCUUCUAGAACACAUUCCACUGGAGGUGCUGGACCUUCAGCACAACCUGUUGACUAAACUCCCAGAGACGCUUUUUGUCAAGGCUCUGAACCUCAGGUACCUGAACGCAUCUGCAAACAGCCUGGAGUCCUUGCCCUCUGCAUGUACAGGGGAGGAGAGUCUGAGCAUGCUGCAGCUGCUUUACUUGACCAAUAAUAACCUCACAGAUCAAUGCAUCCCUGUCUUGGUGGGACACCCGAGCCUACGGAUCCUGCAUCUGGCAAACAACAACCUACAGACUUUCCCCGCAAGCAAACUUAGUAAGCUGGAGCACUUGGAAGAGCUGAAUCUGAGUGGCAACAAACUGAAAACAAUUCCCACAACAGUGGCAAACUGCAAGCUACUUCAUACACUUAUUGCACACUCUAAUGAAAUCAGCAUCUUUCCAGAGAUUCUGCAUUUGCCCCGUAUUCAGUUUGUGGACUUGAGCUGCAAUGACUUAACUGAAAUCCUAAUCCCUGAGGCACUGCCAAGUGCCUUGCAAGAGUUGGACCUGUGCGGAAACACAAACCUGGUGCUAGAACACAAGACACUGGACAUCUUCAGUCACAUUACCACACUGAAGAUUGAUGCUAAACCCUCCCUCACGGCCGACUCAGCUCUCGCCUCUACCUUCUGGAGUCAUGGAGUAGCUGAGAUGGCAGGCCAGAGAAAUAAGCUGUGUGUGUCAUCCCUGGCACUGGGGAGCUUUGCAGAGGGGGUGGAAGCUGUGUAUGGCAUGUUUGAUGGUGACAAGAACGAGGAGCUGCCACGCUUGCUGCAGUGCACCAUGGCUGAUGUGCUCCUGGAGGAAGUACAGCAGUCAGACACCAUGUUCAUGUCCAACACCUUCUUGGUCUCCCACAGGAAGUUGGGCAUGGCUGGGCAGAAGCUGGGUUCCUCUGCUGUCCUUUGCUAUAUUCGUCAUGAUGUGGCUGAUCCAGCCAGCAACUUUUCUCUGACGGUGGCCAAUGUGGGGACGUGCCAAGCCAUUCUGUGCCGAAGUGGAAAACCGCUGCCUCUGUCCAAAGUCUUCAGCCUUGAACAAUGUUCAGAAGAAGCCAAGAGAGUCAAGGAGCAAAAAGCCAUUAUAACAGAGGACAAUAAGGUCAAUGGUGUGACUUGCUGUACUCGAAUGCUGGGCUGCACAUACUUGCAUCCUUGGAUCCUGCCCAAACCACACAUCAAUUCCAUUCCACUGACUGUACAAGAUGAGCUGCUACUUCUAGGGAACAAAGCUCUCUGGGAACACCUUUCUUACACAGAGGCUGUCUCAGCCGUGCGCCACCUACAUGACCCGCUAGCUGCUGCAAAGAAACUCUGCACUUUAGCCCAAAGCUAUGGUUGCCAAGACAAUGUAGGUGCAAUGGUGGUGUAUCUGAACAUCAGUGAGGACAGCUGCACAUGUGAGAUGCAUGGCCUCACUCUGCCGGGUCCUGGAGGAUUUAGUUCUGUCACCACCAAGUCAGCAACACCUUCAUCUAGCAGUGGAAUUGCUUCAGAGUUCAGCAGUGAACUGUCUGCUUCUGAGGUUAGCAGUGAGGUGGGCUCUACUGCUUCAGAUGAACACAAUGCUGUUGGUCUUGAUGGCAGUUUGCUACCACGACAAGAGCGACGUUGCAGCCUACAUCCUGUGCCCCCCUCAAGCAUCUUCCAGCGCCAACCUUCCAGUGCCACCUUCUCUAGCAACCAGUCUGACAAUGGUCUGGACAGCGAUGAUGAGCAGCCUGUGGAAGGUGUGAUGACAAAUGGCAGUAAAGUGGAGGUAGAAGUGGACAUCCACUGCUGUAAAGGAAAGGGCCUGGAGUUUGAACCACCUGCUGCAGAGUACAGCUCCUCUGCUCCGGGGCCAGAGGAUGACUCUGGGCUUGUCCUUAUCAUUCGGAGACAGAAUAGUGUAAACAGCAACACUGUGCAGAGAGGGGUCAAGGAAAAGUGUGAACUGCAAAAAUCUCUUUCCACAUGCUGUCUCUAUGGAAAGAAGCUGUCCAAUGGCUCCAUAGUGCCCUUGGAGGAGAGCCUCAACCUCAUUGAAGUAGCCACAGAGGCACCUAAGAAAAAGACAGGCUAUUUUGCUGCUCCAUCCCAGAUGGAGCCAGAAGAUCAAUUUGUGGUGCCACCUGAUCUGGAGGAGGAAGUGAAAGAACAAAUGAAGCAGCAGCAGGAGAAUGGAGCAGAUCAGGAGCAGAAAGAGGAACAUGCAGUGACUCUGCCAGAGGAGUUUGACACAGCUUUGUAAUCCUACGAGUACUACUCCCACACUGUCUGUCCCAGGAAGCUCUGUCCCAUAAGGGCUGUCUUGCCCUCCAAGGGGAGCUGGGAUCUGCAAGGAGUACAGGCAUCUGCUGCUUCCUUAGUGGAGUCAAGGAAGAAUUGGGAGUGCUAAGGUCUGGGCUGUCCACUUUUCACUGUAGAGUCUCAGUUGUUCUAUGAGCACUCAGACCAGCAGCUGAGCUUUGUGUUAGGGACUGUCUGGAAAUUGUGCAAGCACUAGGAAGAAGGCAGGUGUUCCGACACCUGCCUGUAACUCCUUGAACCCUGAGGUUCUGCCAGCUUUGCAGAAAAGGGCCUGGCAUAUGUGUGUGUGGAGUGAGGAGGCUGCUGAGGGGGCAAUGUUCAGUGUUUGGAGUCCUGUGAAUAUUUCUGAUGCAGCCCCCCUGCCCCCAGCACCUGACUUUGUUAUUCCUUGAAAGAAUACAGCCAGUUGCAAUGAAGCUGACCCAAGAAUGGUUUCCUACAUUAAUUGCAAGCACUUUUAUUGAUUGCACUUAAGCUGUUCUGCUCCCCUUCAGCCCAGCACUUUAUUAUUUAGGGUUAGGGGAGAGAGCGCUCCACAGCAAGUGUGGUGGGGGCUUUUCCCAAUGGAUAUUGUUAGGGCAGUGGAGGACUCAGGGUACCAGUGUUCUGAUGAGCACUGGUGCAGUGUAGAGUGAGGGUUAUGAUGGGAUCAGCCCAUGCAGGAUGGGAAGAUACACAGCUGAGUGGUAAGGAGGUGCCUACUAAUGCAUUUCACAUGGAGCAUAGGAGAGAUCAGCUCUGGACUGGUUGAUUAAGGUAAUGUGUAGAGCUAGUGCUUCUAGCUGCAGAGCACAGACCCAGCUAAGCAGCAGCUUGGCCACCUCCAUCAUGGAUGCUUCACAGUAGAGGCUUCCUGUAUACCGAAGACAUGGGAUGAAACCAGGAGCUCGUGCUUGUUUCAGUGAGGUACUCGGUCUAAGGGAAACCAAGUGGUAAGCAGUGGUAUGCUGCUCUAAGGCUAGUGAGCAGUGGGGCUGCCCUUCAUAUGCUGGGGAAGCGUUCAGUGCUCUGUUCUACCAACAUAAACCUCUACACUGUCAGCUACAGCAUCUUUGCUUGCCUCUGAGAACAGGAGUCAUACUCCAAAUCCACAGCAACCUGCAUUUCAUGGUACAUGCCCAAUUUGGCCAGAAACAAGGUGAAAGCAUACUUGUUUCUGCUUAGUUUUCAAUGCAAAAGGAAAAGUAGAACUUUUCACCUUAGUAUCUUUAUCAGCACUGGGAAGGAUGUUUAAAACAGUCCUGCUAACGGUGAACUGGCCAGUCUGCACUCAGCAGAUGCAUUGUGUUUCCAUUAGGGUUUUUGGUGCAGGGUGUAAGUUGGCUGCCUAUGUCAUCAUCUUGUGUAAGGGUUGUGAAAAGACCACUGCCCCUGUAGCAUGCAGAUCUGUCUUCCUUAGCUGGCAGAAAGCUGGAUAGCGGCUGCCCUGGUUGUGUCAGUGGUGCAAUAAUCCUGACUGUAAUGUGGGCUAGUGCCUUUUCUUCUUUAUUAAUUGUAUUAAUGAGGAAAACUUGAAAGUUUCUUCUCAAGAGCUCUGAGGGGCUUGAGUUGUAUAUUUUUUCAUCAAAUUCAGGCCUUGCUCAGAAGGAAAUACUUUGCAGACUACUUGUGGGAUUCUGUCAAUAUAGAUCUUUUGACAAAAUCUAAUGGAGCUUUACUGAGAUUUCAAAGCACCUUCAAUUUCUUCUCACUACGAAAAAAAUUUAUUUUUACCAUGCAUGAGAGCGCAACAUUUUAGGAUAUACCUUGUGCUUGUUACAAUGUAAUCAUGAAACAACCCAACCUUGGAAAAAGUUUAAACUCACAAAUUUUGGCUGUUUAAAUGCCUGUUUCAUUUGGAAAUGGAGAAAAAAGGUAAUUCUUAGAAUCACAGAAACAGCAGCAUUUGAAUCCCUCAGGCAGAGAAACAACAGCAGAAAAGAUUCAAAAACUAAACCCCAAACUUCUUUCAUGUUCUCUUCAUAUGAGUACACAGAAAAGGCUCAUCCCAAUGUAUUUGACUGUAACUUUUAAUUCUGUCACUGGUGACUUAGCAAUUAUCUGUGUCCAGCCCAACACUUUCAGAUACCUGACAGGACUGCAAAGCAGCCUCUGUUCAGUAUGGGAAUGAUGCAGAAAUACACUCUUCUUUCUGAGUAAGACUGUGACAAACCUUGCACUAGGAGAGUGGCAGAUAUUAAUGCAAAUCAGGUCUCUAUUUCUUGCACUUACAUGGAAAAUCCAGUGUGUCCUUAACAGUCUGAACCAGUAGCAUUGCAUGGAGAGUUGGGCAUUGCCACAAGGACUUAGUCAUGAAUGGCUCUACCUAGCUCAGUGGGGAAGGACUAAGUAAAAUAAAGCUGUGCAAGGGAGCAUGCAGAUUCCUGAGCUGCUCCUCUUCACGGUAGUGACAGAAUGGCAUGCAAGGAGUUCCUACUUAGCCUUUUUCUUUUUUUCUCCAGUGCUGUUUCUGGUUUUGAAGCAGAAAGGGAGUUUAAUACAGCCAGCUCCUAUUUUCUAUGGGUGUGAAUUGUCAUGGCAGAACAUGGCUUGUUCUCUUACAGUAGGUAGAGUCCACGGCUUUCUCUGCUUAAGCUGGUAUUAUCAACUGUUUGUCUUACUCUGGGCAGCAUAGCCCGAGUGCUUCCCUCUACCACCACCUUUUGUUUUCCUGCCUCCCCAGAGGCAGCAAGCUGCUGCUUUGUCUUCCUCACCUUACUUAUUAAUACCACCUUAGAUUUCAAGCUCCCUAGGAGCACUGGAACAUGUAUGAAUGGGCAAGUCUAGCGAAGGACUCAUAGCAGAAGAUAGAAAGCAUUUUCACAGUUCUCUUCCUGUUCUCCAGUCUCUUCCCCGAUUUUUAUAUGUGGUUCUUGCACAGAUACAUCAUCUCCACAGAGCCACAUCACUAAGAAUGUCCCACUGGUUAACAGACUUGCUGUUAGAGAGAGGUUCUCAUCUUGGGGUCACCAGGCUCUCUCGUCCCUGCUGAGCAAUACCGGGCCUGCAGUGCUCUGUGCAGUCACAAUCAAGUUAGGCUGGUGAGUUGGUUUGUCCAUCUCUUCAGUAAUUCUAGCUCUGCUGAUGAGCGUGCUCACUGAGAACAGGUACACUAAAGGUACUGACCUGUCUGCCCUCUCCAGUCCAGAAAGCUUCCAAAAAGGAACCCAUAAAGGUUAUAUUCAGUGACAAGUAGUGGGGCCCAAGUAUUAAGGAUAAGGCAUAGCCUCCAGGUUGCUCCCAGCACCAGGAACAGGCCUGGUAGAGGCAGCACCACAGAUUGCUGGGACCUCAUCAGAAUCCUCAACUAGAUGGGAGGGUAAAAUCCUGUUCCAAGGAGGAGCAAGUAUUUCCCUUUCUCAGGGUACAGGCUGCUGUGAGGCUCCAAAUCCUUCUGCUAGUACACAGGACAUUCAGCCACACCUAAGGCCCUUGGACUUCAGGAAUUUCUGCACUCCUUCCCGAUGGUGGUGGCUUUUGUGUCACUUGCCAAAGGCCUUCUUUAGGCAGUAGGUUCACCUCUUUGGUUUUGUGCAGUCAUUGUCUGCUGUUCCAUUGCUGUCUGAAGACUCAAGUGUAUUUUUUUCCUCUCUUUUCACAUUUUAAAAUGUUACCUUUUUUUUAACUUGACUCAAAUGACCCAGCGCAUGUUAAAGAAAUACUGCAGCGCACUGUUUAUUAAAUAACCAUUUUUCAUGUUUUUUUGUUUUAAAAAGGAGAAUAUUUUCUGUAUCCCACUCUAGCAUGCACCUAUAAUAAUCCAUUUUUAUUGUGUAUGGGAGUAGGUUAUCCAAUGAAUGCACCUUCAGCACUGUGGCCUGUGUUUGUAUUGCUUUGGAGAGGCAAAUAACAAGAUUACUGGAGAACACUAUUCCAUUGAUUCUUUAUUCAGAUGUAUAGAGCAGUCCAGGAAGGAAGAAUAUUUUUGCAUCAACUUUUCAGCUGACUUAGCAAUAAAGAUUUUUACUUUCAUCUAA